CUAAAUCAAAUGAACGCUUAAGAAUACAUUACAAAUUUCUACUGUUUUAAGCGCCCUAAAUACACUGAUUUACAAAGACGUGAGGUGCGAGGGUACAAACUUUCUUUGAUGAGUAUGUGAGGAGGUUCACUGGAUAUGGCAGCAUUUUAUGAAAUAGAUUUUGAAGAUCUAGAAUUCUAUGAAAGGUGUGGUGGGGGUACUUUUGGAAGUGUAUACAGAGCAAGAUGGAAGUCAGAAAACUUGAUUGUGGCAGUUAAAAAGUUGUUAGUACUGGAUAAAGAGGCGCAAGUACUGAGUGUAUUGAGUCACAGAAACAUUAUCCAGUUUUAUGGAGCAGUGGAUGAAGAACCAAAUUUCUGUCUUGUUACAGAAUUUGCUAAGAAUGGAUCUCUAUAUGAUUAUCUGAAGAAUGAUAAAGAUAUGUUAGAUUUUGCCCACAUUGUAAGAUGGGCCAGAGAAAUUGCACAGGGCAUGAAUUACUUACAUGAAGAAGCUCCAACCAAAAUUAUACACAGAGAUUUGAAGUCGAAAAAUGUUGUUAUCUCCCAUGAUUUGAUCUGUAAGAUCUGUGAUUUUGGAGCAUCAAAAUUUAUGGGUAGUACAACUAAGAUGUCUCUUGCUGGAACGUUUCCAUGGAUGGCACCUGAGGUUAUACAAAGUCAUCCUGUGUCUGAGUCGUGUGAUACUUGGUCAUACGGUGUGGUUUUGUGGGAGUUAUUGACACAUGAGGUACCAUUCAAAGGUAUAGAAGGAUUCCAGGUAGCAUGGCUAGUUGUAGAAAGAGGAGAGAGGUUGACAAUACCAAGUACAUGUCCAGCAUGUUUUUCCCAUUUGAUGAGGCAGUGUUGGGAGCUGGAGCCAAAGAAACGUCCAUCAUUCAGAGAUAUACUAACCAAGCUACAUACUAUAUCACAUGAUGAUUGUAUUCCUGAUCAGACUAACUCAUUUCUACAGCACAGAGAAGAUUGGAAAAAAGAAAUUCAGGCAACCUUGGAAAGAUUGAAAAGAGCAGAGAGAAAUCUGACAGCAAAAGAUCAGGAGUUAAGAGAAAGAGAAAUGAAACUUAAAGAAAGAGAAAGGAGUUUGGAGCAACAGUUUAAAGUUGUACAUUUGGAAUCAUUUGAUGUGAACACUUGGAGAGAAGUAGAUGUGUUCCAAUGGAUACUACAGAUCAGUAACAAUUACUCUGAUGACCUAGAACAGUAUGCAGACUUAUUUUUACAGCACAAUAUAACAGGAAAGAGACUGUUGAGAAUGACUCAUACUGAUAUAGAAAAGUUAGGAAUUUCAUCAUAUGGGCAUAUCUUAGAUUUAUCUACAGAGAUAGAGUUAUUGAAAGCUCAUAAUCACAGACUGCUUAAUUUCCCUCCUUUAGCAAAGGAUGCCUCUCCCAAUACAAAAGAUACCUCACCUUUAUACAAGAAAGUGACCUUGACCUUUAUAUUUGGACAUCAUCAUAGAUUAUCACCAUCAACAGGGGACUUUAAAUGGAAGAUGUACAUGGAGAUAGAUGAAGAUGAAGAAAUAGAAGAAUUCAAUGCAGUGACAUGUGUUAAAGAUGUAACAUUCUCAUGUUCUAAUGGAACCUCAUAUAAAAUAUCACAUCCACCAUUUAUAAUGGAGAAGUGGGUUACAGGCUCUCCACUAAACAUGAAUAUAGAUUGCCAAGUUAAUUUUGAGAAAUCUGUAAGGAAGCCUAAAAUAAUAAGGUACCAACACACUCUUGAUCCACAGGGAACCAGUUCUGGUCAACAUGUUGUGACUCUAACCUUGCAACAAUUAGAAGGAACAGAACUUUUAGAAAGUAACACCUCACCAAGCCAUAAAGUUACACCGGUACAUCAGAGUAAGAGCUCUCCAGAUUUACAGGGGGUGUGGUCUCAAAGAAGUUUAUUUCCAACUCAGACUUUACCUGAAAGCAAAGGAACAGUUUCCAAUUGGUCAUCAGUAGUAACUGGCAGGAAAUCCUCUAAUGCAGACUUAUUUUCUGUUCCAAAUAUUAUAUAUCCUUCACCAAAGCCUAUUCCUGGAACUCCUCACCAGUUAUACCCAUCCCCGGGGUCUCCAUCACUCCAACGAUUCGCUUCCUCAUCACAGCAGAGUUCUCCAGGAAUGACAUCAUCAGGAUCAGGAUCUGGUUCCCUGUCCAGUCACAAAUCUCCAUGGUUCUCAACUAACACAAAAUCAACUAACCCAAAAUCACGUAGGGCAUCAGGCUCUAGUGCAGAAUCUGCUAGACACGCUCCAACUCAGUCACCUGACAAGAAGGACCAGGGGAAAGAGGGUUCAUCAAAGAAAAGAUUUCCAUCAGGGGAACAUUUGAAAGAGAGCAAGGUAACCUUUGCCCUUUCAGGGUCAGAAUCAUCAGUUAACAGUGGCAGUGCAGAAUCAGGAUUUAGCGAGAAACCAGAAAAACCUGAGGGAGCAUCCUAUGCUGAUGUUUGUAACAAAUGUUUAGAAUCCAUGGAAAUGAAGCCACACAGUGAGCCACAUAGAGGUAGAGGUCAUCACUAUAGUUACCAAACUAAUAGAGUUCAUCAUCACCAAGUAACACCUCAGCCACGUCCCAAUAGAGGACCAUAUAGGGGUAACCAAAGACCACAAAGUGCAGAUGUAUAUAGGAGAGGUAAUCAAGACUAUCAUCAGAAUGAGAGUUACCGUGGUUAUAGAGGUCGAGGUCAAAGUCAGAGGAGUGAUAGAGGUUAUAGAGGUAGAAACAGAGGUAAUUUAAGAAUAAAUAGUGGGCCAAGGGAUAGACGAUUCAGAUCAGGAAAUGACUAUCAUAGAAGUUUUAGUGAUCCAAAACCAGACAUUGAUAAAAUGACAAAUAGUUUAAGUAUAGACGACAGGGCAAGGACAAGUAGUGCUAAUCUAAGACAUUCUAGUGGACAACCAGAUACAAGUAUAAAUGAAAGACAUUUAAGACAUUCUAGUGGACAACGAGAUGCUAGUAUAAAUGAAAGACAUAUGAGACAUUCUAGUGGACAAAGAGAUACUAGUAUGAAUGAAAGACAUAUGAGACAUUCUAGUGAACAACAAGAUAAUAGUAUCAAUCAAAGGUAUGCAAGACAUUAUGGUGCAAACCAAGACGACAGUGAUAAACAAGAAAAGUAGUUUUUAGUAAAACAAGAAAAGUAGUUCUUAGGAAAAAUUAUUUUGUUACAACUUGACGAAGAACUCCUCUAAUGGUGCAGCUCUAAUUAAGUUUUUCUCUGUGAGAUUUCUGUAGACCUAUAUGUAACCAAAUUAAGAAAUCCAGUCUUCUCAGGACAUGUUCUUUACUAAUUGUAAAUGGCUUCUGUUGUACUAUCUUUAUCCCUUUAAUGAAGGAGCCAAUUUAACUUCAGUCACUGAAAUUAUGUGUAAGUUAUAUUUAUCAUUAACCAAUUGUAAAACAUUUUAUGAAAAUUGUUCUUUUAUAAUUCAAAUGCAUUUGUUUCCUUUCAAGCUAAAUCAGUAUAUUAAGGUACAUCUAAAACAUAUAAAAUUGAAUAGAGUAAGUUAAUAUAUUGAUGUUCAAAAUAAUUAUAAAAUAUGUGUAUGUGCUUUUGAAAAGUUUAUAGGAAACAUAUAGACUCCACUUUGUCUAUCCCAAUGAAACAUGUCAAAUUAAAGGUUCACAUUUAUAAACUCAAGUAUGCUUUGGAGGUUAAUUUUAUAACUUUUAAUUAUUAAUUUUUGUCACGAAAUUAAGUUCAGUUCUUGCUGUUGCCCUAUUUCAUGUUUAUACCACUUGAAUUGUCUCCAAAAUUCCAAAUUUGAGAAAGCAAACUAUGAGCCAAGACCUUAUAAGAUUGUUGCAUAAAAGGUUGAUUACCACUGAUCACAUCUACUGUUUUACACUGGUUCCCUAUGUAUUGUCUGGACAUGGUAAAAUUUAUUGUUUUUAAAUGAUAAAUUUGUGUGUUUUGAGAUUUCAAAGACUUUAUUUUUAUUUGGGUUUCUGUCAGAAUGUGGUUUGGGCAGCACCUGUUGGCUUUACCCAUAGUUCACUUGUUUACCAUGCAUCAGAAACUGUUCAAUUUAAAAGCUGUAAUUUUCCUUAAGUUUCCCACUUCUGUAUGCAAAUUGAUAAUAUGCUAGGUCUAAAGAGGAAGUAAUUUGAAUAAGAAAUAUUAAACCCUUGAUUUGACAAUCAUUAAUGUAGAAUAAUCAUUUGUCACAAAGAUUAGUUAGUACCAGAAAACUUAUUCCACUGGAUGAAGAAUUGAUAUGAAAAGCUGUAAUUAUUGAUUGAAUAAUUAAAACCCUGAAUUUUGACAAUCCUUUAACUCCUGAGAUCACUUGUCAGAUAAGUUUUGUCACCACGAUCGGUUUUUGACAAAUUAAUCAGUUUUUGUAAUGAUUUGUAUAAUUAUUUGUGUUCAGCAUAGAGGCUUUUUAGCGUAGAGGCUUUUUACAGGGGUAUUAUGGGUAUUCAAGGAGACAAUUUAAAGAAAUAUACUAGAAAAAAAAAUAAAGUGGGUUCUUUAAAAUUCCAUUUGAUUGAAAUUUAUUUUAAUUGUAUUAGUUUUUUAUUAUGUUAAAUUGAAUUACAACAUAUUAAAAUACAUCAACAUUAAUAUGUGAAUAAUUUGUGAGUUUGAAUUAAAAGGUGUAAUUUCAAAGUAAUAAAUAAUGAUUUUAUUCUCCAUUUCUUAACAAUCAAAUUAGGUUUUCCACUAAUUUUGUGUCUAUUUUCCCUCUGGGCCUCCUUUCAUUCCACUUAAGUGAUAGAAUAACAAAAAGAUUAUGGUGCACUGAUAAAGUUUGUGUUUUAUUCAUAAUAAUUACACAGGAAACCAACCUGCUUGGAGACAUGGUGUCUUUUACUUCACUUGAUUACAGACGUGUUCAGUGGUUCUCAAAGAUGCACUGAUAAUUCCAAAGGAAGAUAAUUUAUUGAAUCAUAAUUUUAUGAAAUUGACAGAAUUUUUAAAUUUUCUUUCAAAAGACAUUUGUAAGAGCUAUAUUCACUUUUAAGAUCUAUGAUAAAGACACAUAGAAUUGUAUAUUUCUUUGUUAAAACUUUUUAUCAUUUGAUAUUUUUUUUAAAACAAUGUUCAGAAGCUUAUCUAUAUAGAAAUGACAUUUACAUCUACUCUAUAUCUUUUUGUCAACCAACAUGUUUAUUUAUUCGCCUAACUGAAGUUCUCCAUGAAAUGAACUUAUAAACAAUGCUAUGAUAUCUGAUUGUUCCUGUUGCAAAAACUAUUAUAUAUAUCCUUUUUUCUGUAAGGAAGUUAAAAUACUGAAAUAUUUGUUCCAUUGGAAAUAAUACUACAGAAUAUUUCAUGAAAUCCAGAGUUAAUUAGCAUUAAAUUUAACUUUGGUUAUCCUGUUUUUCUUUUCAUCUCUAAUGGGUGGGAUGGGUAUGUUGGGAACGAUGUUUUCUGGUCUUCUUUGAAUUUAUGUAUUUCGACCAACUAUAGAUAUCUUAUUUUAUUGUGAGUAGUGUCAAACAUAUUGUUAUCGCUGCCUUCUUCACAAAAUAGUUACAUUGUUAUGAUUUGGAUAUUUAUUUUAUCUGUUGAUUAUUUUUAAUUUGUAUAUGGGAUAUUUAUAUUUGUGAAGAAUAUUAUUUUUGAUGAUAUUUUAUAUAUGUAUACAUUAUUUUAAAUCUAGUCUUUAUUUGGCAUUCUGGACAUUAUGUAUGUUUAUUUUGUUUUAUAUACAGUUCAGAGCUAUUCAAAGGGUAUUUAGAUAACGAGCCUGCUACUUAGAGGUAGGGCAUAUAAUGUACCCCUGUCUGUUCUUCUAAAAUCAAAUAAUGUUUAUGAAAUUUAUAUUAAUUUGUUUUUCUUAUUUAUUUUCCAUUCUUCAAGACCUUAACACACAUAGAUUAUAAAAGAUGUUUGACUCUAAUUUUAAUCAAAGAGAAUUGACAGUUUUCCUGCCAAGUGUUUGUAGUUCUCUUCAGAUACGAUGGCUUCUUCUAAUUACAAAACCUGUCCUGGAUUGAACAAAUUAUGCUGGAAGUACCUUCAUUUAAACACAGACAAACCAACAUUUCUUAUUCUGAAUGGCCCAGUAUAAAUUUCUAUUGGAUAUCUGUAUUUCUCCAAUUCUUCGUCAAUUUAUCCCUUUCUGCACCCAUUGUAUAAAAAGAAAUUAAUCAACAGGUGGUCUGUUUGAUCUCAGUACUUCAUUUGUAAAAAUCUGAUUAUGACGUCAAAUUUUCUUGCUUCCCUCUGAAUUUCCUAUUGUGACGGCAUGAAAAAAAGAUACCAUGCCUGAUUACAUCACAGAAAGAACACAUCUUUUUGCAGAUCAUUCAAAAAGAAGGAAUAAGUUUGCCUGCAUAAUGUUAGAAAAUCAUUAGAGAAACAGAUUUCACCACCAAAUCUCGUGUAUUACAAUAUUUAUCCACUCUCGACUCCGUUUUAAAUUUGAAAAUUUAACUGUCUCGAGUGGAUAAUUAUCUUAUUACAAUUGAUGCAGUGGUAGAAUCUAUAUGUAUAUGGUUCUUAGAAAGAUAUCCAAUAGCUCAAUAUUUCAAAUUUAAGGUUCAGAAUAAAAUUAUGGACUACUUAAGAUAAUUACUUUCAUCAAACCAUGUCACAUGUUUU